AUGGCACCUUCACAAGGCCCUCCAAAAUCAAUCCUAAAAACAUCCCUCCCCUCUGCAUACGCCGCCGUCAACGCCGAACAACCAGCGCCACACCACUCGUCCUUGUCACAGGAAGAGCAAGACAGAUACCUUCAGGGCCGACCCGGCGCAAAUUCACGUCACUUGGAUAUCGCACUGCAACAUGCGCAGCAGAUUCAGGCCCAGAAAGAUGCCGAAGAAAUGAUCCUAGACCGUACGGUCGAGCUCCUCGCCAUCCCCGCUUCCUCCUCCGCGGACCCGGCUUCACCCUCACCAGAGGAGGCCCGGACUUUCAAAUCUGCACUGGUCUCGUUUCGACCGACCGAUUACGAUAAUUAUAUUAUGGAGCGAAACUAUGAGGAUCUUUGUGGUUAUGGGCUUUGUCCCCGAAAGAAUCGCAAAGAGUCGGCGAACGCCCGGGGUCAGACUUUCCACUUUAAAUAUGGCGUCAAGGGAAGCGGGCCUGGUGGCCGUGGCCGCAGCAUGGAUAUUGUACCUCGGGAGAAAUUGGAAAAGUGGUGCUCAGACGAGUGUGCAGAGCGGGCACUCUUUAUCCGUGUGCAACUGGCUGAGGAGCCUGUUUGGGAGAGGCGUGCCAGUGAUACCCGAAGCAUGAGAAUUCUCUUGUUGGAAGAAGCUCGUGCGAAACGCCAGAAGCAACCCAAGGCUGAAAGCUCUUCCGCUGUGGAAGUUACUGCUGGCAUGGAGAAUCUAAAGAUUCAAGAUCCAGAUCGCUCGCGUGAGCUCGCUUUGGAGCGUGGCGACAAUACCGUGUUUCAUCGUGAUGGGCGGGUGGACAUCCAGAUCAACGAAAAAGAACAUGGGUCUGGACCGUCUGCUAGCGCACCGCAGUGGCGGCCAGAGGACGCUUUGGGAGGAUCCAUCGAAGGACAUGUUCCCAAGGAACUAGGAAACAAGCGCCCAACUCAGGACGAGGGAGAUCUUCUUGAUCAAAUUUGA